UGUCGUCUACAAAUCUUAGAUUGCAAUUGUUGUCUUCUUGAAAAUACAUAUAUAAAUAAAAAAAGAAUUUUAAAUUGUUGUGUAACUUUCUUAAUUUUAACAAAAUAAUGUGGGUUUUCGUUAACUAACGUGAUAAAAAUACUACAAUGGCUAUUUUAACAUUUUUACUGUAUUGUAUAUUGAUAAACCUUCCCAUUUUUGUGUUUAGUGAGAACAAUGUAAACACAGAUGGAAUAAUAUUUCACUAUAAUAAUACCUAUAAAUACAAUGUACCAUACACAGUGUAUGUGAAUAAAAAUACAGAAUAUAUCAUGGAGUUUGGAGGGGAUCUUGAAUCAUAUGAUACACCAGCUAGAGUGACAGUUGCCAGUGACUUUGCAAACAGGACAUAUCCACUGUUUGUAACGGCAAGGCAACAGAAAGGCGUGUUCUCCUGGCAGCUACCGAUGCUCGUUCAGACCCUGGGCGGGCUGGAACAGUUCACCAACAUAUCCCGGACGCUGUGCCCCCAUAAUAAUCUCUUCGCCGAAGAUGAGGACACCUGUGACAUCUCUUCUCUCAACACGCCAAUAGUCCAUCUAACGUCAUCCUCGCCCGACGACAUAAAAGUGACCAUCUACGUGGAGACGGUGCAGGAUUUCUACAUUAAACUGAAUUCAGUGACGAACUUCACCAGUACUCCAAGUCAGCCGAAGUAUUAUUUCUACCCGUUCAAUCAGGGGCCGAACAAUAUGAUAGAUCUGCCCACACAAACCGCCAGAAGGAAGUAUGCGUGUAACAAAGAGUUGGAUGCGUCAGAACAGAGGAGGCUGGACACGUACUUCGUACAGAGCAACUUCAGAAGCGUCUCAGGCUGGAUGUCGCGACCGAAAAGUGUGAUAGUACUGAUAGAAUCUGAUGAUGAUAUUUGUGCUGUUGUUUCUAUACAAAAUUUUUCGUGUCCAGUGUUUGACAACGAGAGGGAUAUACUGUACGACGGGUAUUAUUUGACGAUGACCCGCCGCGGUGGCAUCACGCUAACGCAAGACACAUUCCCUAUAGGGUUCUACAUAGUGUUCAUAGUGAAGACGUCGGAUGAUGAUUGUUCAGAGCGAAACACCGGCAACCAGACGUUGCCCACGAUGGCGCACUACUUCGGCUGGACCGAGGACGGCGUCGUCCAGGUGGAGACCAACGACGGCCGGGUCAAGAGGUUCAGUUUUAAAAUCAUCGAGACGAUAUCGUAUCAAGAGUACGCGAUCGCUGCGGGCGCGGCGCUCGGCUUCUUCCUCUCCUUCUACGUGGCGUUCGUCAUAGUGCUGCUGUGCCAGAGGAGGAAGAUGAUGGCCAGCACCGAGUCGGACACGAGCCAGAGCGAAGAAGGCCGGCUCACGCCGCCGUCGACGCCCCACGAUGCGGUCAACGUGACGGGAGCGCGGCGACGUCGCGUGCACGUGAUCUGUGGGAACGCUAUGUCCAGCAGUGGGGAGACGUCCUCGCAACGGUGCCUGGUCGGUGAAGGGGACGCCGCGAUAGAACGCAGCUCGUCGUCCGAUACAGAGUCUGAUUUCUCGACGAUGGACGACGCUAACACCGACAAGGACGUGUACCUAUUGGGCGGGAAGCUGUGCGUGGCCAAUUUAGCCAGAUGUCGGCCGCGCGUGCUGUCGGCGCGCUCCAAGAUGUACCUGUGGAACGUGCUCACGGUGGCCGUGUUCUACACGCUGCCCGUCAUACAGCUGGUCGUCACCUACCAGAGGUUACUCAACCAAUCCGGCAACCAAGACCUGUGCUACUUCAACUUUUUGUGCGCUCACCCGCUAAUGGUGCUGUCAGAUUUCAACCACGUGUACUCGAAUCUGGGUUACGUGCUGCUCGGGCUGUUGUUUCUGCUGUUGGUGUGGCGGCGCCAUAAUAAACACAAAGCGAAGUCUGCUGUUGAGAAAGAGCUGGGUAUCCCGCAGCACUUCGGUCUGCUGUACGCGAUGGGGGUGGCGCUGGUGAGCGAGGGUCUGCUGUCGGCCGCCUACCACGUCUGCCCCAACAGCAUGAACUUCCAGUUUGACACAUCGUUCAUGUACGUGACGUCGGUGCUGUGCAUGGUGAAGAUCUACCAGGCGCGCCACCCGGACAUCAAUGCGCGGGCGCACGCCACCUUCGGCGUGCUGGCGCUCAUUAUAUUCAUUGGUCUGGUGGGCGUGCUGAACGCGAACUUUUACUUCUGGAUCGCGUUCACAGUGCUUCACCUGGUCACCUGCCUCUUCAUGACCUUCCAGAUAUAUUAUCUCGGCCGAUUCAAAUGGGAGGGCGGUUUAGUAUGCCGCGCCGUGCGGCAGGUGGCGGCGCGUCCCCUUGCGGCCAUCACGCCAACUCACUGCGGCCGCGGGGUGCUGCUGCUGCUCGCUAACCUCGCUAACUGGGCCAUCGCUGCAUACGGCGUGGCGCAGCACAGCCGCGACUUCGCGUCGCACCUGCUGCUGGUGCUGAUGAGCAACCUGUUCCUGUACACGCUGUUCUACAUCGUGAUGAAGCUGCUGCACAGGGAGUCCAUACGCUGGUACAGCUGGGUGUUCAUAGCUAUCACAUAUACGGUGUGGUUCGGCUCGAGCUACUUCUACUUGGACCAGAGUACUAAUUGGGCGUUAACUCCAGCUCAAUCGAGACGCAACAACCGCGUCUGCUCCCUGUUACAACUGUACGACUCGCACGAUAUCUGGCAUUUCCUCUCUUCAGCAGCUAUGUUUUUCUCUUUCAAUAUGUACCUUACCAUAGACGAUAACUUAGCCAACGUGCCUAGAGAUGAAAUUAUGGUAUUUUAAACUUUGAUUGUUAAUUAUUCAGUAUUGAAACAUUAAUACUGGCUUCAAAGACUCAAAAGAUGUGGACCUAAAAUUGGGCCCUGAGGUACCCCAAUUUUUCGUUCAUAUAGACAUCUUGUUUCAUUUAAUAGGCUUAAAAAUCAGUCCAUGAUAAUGUGAUCUAAAUAAUAAAAAGCGAUAGAAAUAUUAUGUAUUGGUAAUUCUUCACAAUAUUAUGAAUAUUACGUACACAGAAAUGCACUUUCUCUUAUGAUUUUUAUAUGAUAUUAUUUAUUAUAGACAAUGACUAUUAUAAUGGUUUCUAUUUUGUUUUAUAUUUUUAAUUAAUUUAAAUAAAAAAAAUACAAAUAUAUAUAAUAUAAAUUAAAAGGUAUAGUCUAAUGUAUAAGAUCUAAUAUAAUUGAUAAGGUGGGCAACCAAAAACAAAUGGACCUAAAAUAGAACCUUGAUGGACUCAUUUUAAUUAAUAUUCCAGCAAACAGAAAGCUGCUUGUAAUUAAAUUCGUGAUUAUAAUUUGUAACUGUAUGUAUUUUAAAUACAUUAUUAACACUAGUUUUACUAUGUGUAUAUAUGUAAUGACAUAACAGCUUAUACAGUAAAAUGCCUUUUAAAAAUCAGAAGCUACAAACAAAAAUCUUUCAAUUUAUAUUAUACCAAAAACAAUUGUACUCUUUCAAAAUUUGUAUUUAAAUACUUGCUCAAAACAAUUUACUAUACUCAUUACUGCCUUUAUUAAUUUUUAGUCUUUAGUUAUCUCAAAAUAGAGUAAUUAUAUGUAAAACUUAUUCUUAGCCUUUCACUAUAUAUUUAUCUAUAUAUCUAUAUUUGGCAAGAAUGUUUUCGUUAAAUUACUAUCAUACUUCAAAGAAAGUAUCCAGCCAAAGAUUGGUCUAAGCUUACUCGAGAGUUUUGAUUAUGUUUAUAAAUUAUAAAUGUUGAGAGUGCAACAAUGUUCUUAGAAAUUUUUAUUUAGUUUUGUCAACUGCGAUACCUUGUGUCCAAGGUCAAUUUUGUUUUACGUAAGACAUUUGUAGUAUUUCGAAUUUAUUAUAAAUUAAGUGUUUUUUGUGUGAUUUCAUACAGCAAAUGGUAUCUUAUGUGACCUAUUGUUUAUUUAACGUGCAAUUGUUUAUUUGUUCUCCAAUUAUUUGUGGUAUAUUCUUGCAAAAAAAUGUGUUUUACGAGAAAUAAUGCUACCCUUGUACGUUACGUUAAUUUUCUAUAUUUUGUGUACAAUUCGACAAAAAAGAUGAAUUGAUUAUUGAAUGUUGUAAUCGGUACCUUCGUUAUCAUUUACUGUUUGCCGCUAAAUAUGUACCCCCUUAUUUAUAAAAACGUCAAGCGUCUCAAACUUAUUGAAGUGUUUUAUCUUUUUCCAUUGCACUAAGUUCUUAACUUGAAAGAAAAUGACAACUACUGUAAUAGUUUAGCUGUAUAGGUUUGUUUAUUAGGUAGGUUUUUUUUUUUAUAAAUAAAUGGUUAUAUUUUUUAAUAUGCAAUUAAAAUUAAUGAAAAAAUAAAAAUCUUAGAUAGGUAAUUGUUUUAAAUUUGUAUAAGCUAAUAAUUAUAGUAAUGUCAAAGAAAAAGAUUGUCCCGUUUUUGGAUUCGAAUUUGAGCUUUGACUCGAAGAUGAUGUAAGAAAUGAAUUAGUGAUCUCAGGUGGUAAACGAAUAAUAAGCUUUAUAUGCACAUUAUUAAAAUCUAUUAUUAAUGUUAAAGCUAAUAGAAUUGGCGAGGAUAUGUACAUAGAAAAUGCUUUUAGUAAAUCACGAGGUGCUAUUAUAAAAUUUUACGAAUUUCACCACUUCUGCGAAUUUAUUCCCUAAUAACUAGGUUAUUUUUUUUUUAUUAUUAUCAAUUUCAGUUAUACAUGACUCAGUUAUAUAAAACUGAUCUUUAUUCACAAAAGAAAA